GAAAUUACUACGCACAAUGUGAUUGCGUUGUUUCUCCUCCUCGCUGCACACUUGUUCGCAGCUUCUUUUGUAGGAAUCCCAGGUUUCCAGACGUCUUCCCCAGGAUUCCUCGUGCCAUUUCGCCGAACCGCGGUUGCUUCUGACGACGGGAUUUUCUUGCGGCUGUACAGUUCCUCCAAACAAUGUUUCUUCAGAAAUAGUAAUCCAAACACUUCCUUCCCUCAUCCUCACCAAACAAGUAUUUUAAAUUGACUCCGCACAUCCUGUGCCAUUCCGUAUCGUUUCUAGUCCUCUGUGCUGGACAUUCACAGAAAGUCCUUCCCUAACUAACAGCUGAAGCACACGCAGACUUCUAGACACCAUCAUGCACGUCGUCUCUCAGUUCUUUUUUAUCGGGAUUCUCUUUGGCGGAAAUAGUUCAUCGCAAGUGAAGCGGCGUAAACUGAAGGGUUUCAACAACGUCUGCAAUCUCGCUUCGGCGCGCGAAAGAGUUCCAGCUUGGCCUUGCGUAUCGCGAAACAGCCGUCACUGUGCGCCGCGUAUAGUGUGAGGGAUUCCUUGCCAUUCACUACACGCAUUUUUGUAGUUUUCUGUAGACUUCCACAGAAAAAAUGCCGGAUAUGUCUGUUGGACAGAGUUUGUUGAGGGCUGGAGACGAGGCCCGUCGGCUGCAAGAUUGGGGAGAGGCCGAAUCCCUCUACUGCGCUGCCCUCUCUACCGUCCGCGGGAGAGGGGAGAAAGCUGCCAUCUACGCGAGAAGAGCGGCUCUUCUUCUGGACGCGUCGAGCGACCCUGAGCUCGUGGCUCAAGCCGAGCACCAUCUCCAUCUUCUCCCCAGUCGUCCUCAGCUCCGUGUGAGUGCCCCCUUCGUCCGUUCCUUGCUGCCCAGCUCGUGCGAGAACCAGCCUUCUUUGUCGCCAGAACUGCGUCCCUUUCCACCGCAAGCUGGCACCAGCGAAGAGGAAACAGAAAUCAUCUCACACAGAGGCGGUAAGCACCGGAAAACCGGGCAUGUCGGCGAAGAGAAGCUCGACCAGACUGAGAAGCAAAAAACAACCGACCGAACCGACUGCAGUCUGAGAAGCACCUUGGCCUUCCAGAGGGCUUCAGCCGGCUCGGCAGCUUCCUGUUUAGACGACGGUCGUGUUGACAGCCAGCAGAGAGAGGUUAGACCAGGACCCUACCGCCGUUGGAGGUUACUUCUUACGCAAGGAAGGUUGACACCUCUCCUAGGCCGCAGAAGGCGACUCUUCAGCGAGGGUCUUCUGUCUCCGGGUGAAGGGACACCGAGGAGGCAAAGUCGAGGCUGGGGCGGGAGAGGAGAACUGGCUCUUGUCGAGCAGGCUCGAUGGCACGCCGCACGCGCUCUCAAGCUCAAUCCGAGAAGUUUCUCUUCACUGUAUUCCUCGACAUUGACGGACGCUUUCACGCACCGUUGGAGAUCCGGGGCGGUCUUCGCAGCCGCUGCUCUGAGCAUCUUGACUGGUCGGGGCACCCGGGCCUUCCUCACCAGGCGACCUUCGUCGUCCUUUCCUCGCUCGGGGCACGGACGAAUGAAGUCGCUGACCUUUUCUUCGUCGUCAGACUCGUCUCUCUUCAGGAAUCCUUCUCGUCAUUCCGUUCAAAAUGUGUGCUUUCGGGCGCUGCCUAGGCCGAUAGCUUUGCGUUCUACCUCUCCGGAUGUCUCCGCCUUCGCGAUGCCUGAGCGGACAGCGCGGUAUAAAAGUCUCUCUCCGAGGUUCGCAUCUGAACUGGGGCCCUCAGGUCACCUCUCUAAAAGAAGCCCCAGUGUCUUGGACGAAGAUGCAAGUAAAACAGAGCCAUCAGGUGGCGAGCUGGGCUUGACUGAAAAGGCUUCGUGCAAGCCAAAAGAGAUGAUGAUGGAAGGCGAGGCGAAGGACGGGCCUCCGGUGUCUCCGUCGCCGUGGCUAGGGUCCUUGGCAGCCGCACGCUGGCAGUUUCGUCGUCGUUUGUCCGAAGUUUCAUCGAGGUCCUCCAGUGCAGCGCUCUCGCACUCUUCGCCCCGGCAAGCAGACAGCAGGAGCGAGGCGAAGUCGCGGAAGACGAAGGUUCUCAACCUGCGGUCGCCUUCCCAGUUCCAGGUGUACACGGAGCUCAAGGUGCUGCGCAUGCGGUGCAGUCUUCUGUCGGGGCGACCAGCCGAGUGUCUCCGCAAUUUGUGCGCGCUUCUAGAGACGGCGAGGGUGGCGGAGGCAGCAGGCACUAGGACCCCGGCGUCAGCGCUUGUUGACUGGAGAAACGUAGUGGAAGAGGGACUUUUCCUCGGUGCUCAGAGCGCUUGCGAGUUGCUCUCGGAGUCCGUCAGAAGACGCCAACCGCCACAAAAUGCAGGCGCUGCGGGCAUCGACAGUCCUUUCUUUACACUGGACUGGCCGCUUCUGGAGAAAAUCCAAGAAGGACUUGCCUUCCGUGAGCGAACGGACGAGGCACAAGUUACCAUGGUGCACUGCGCGUCUUCUACAGGCGAACUCGAGCCCGACGGUUUGAGCGCUGCUGUGCCCCACCUUCUGUCCUGUUCAGCGUUGUCUCUACGAGACUCCUCUCCUGUGCCUUCCUACUUGCCCUCUCGUGAAAAAGCUUCGAUACUUCACGGUGAGACGGCUGUUGCCACGUGGAGAGACACAGUAGCCGUGGCGGAAGCCGCGGCUCUCUUGUUUUUCAGACUCCCAAGGGCCCCAGACGCUUCGCUCUCCGACACAGAUAUCGACCUUCUACGGCUGCUUUCAUCCUGGAGUUCGUUGGCGUUCAAGGCCUGCUUCCUGAGUGCUUGCCAGCGAGGUGACUACGAUCGAAUGGCCGCAGCAGCCGCCUGGAGGGCGCGCUGCUUCCUGCAAAUGAGAGAGUGGGACGACGCUGUCCGCGAGUCCACUCAGGCACUCGCGAUCGAUCUAUGGACCCCAGCAGAGGUCUUUGCUUCGCCGCCUCCGUGUUUUCUCUCUACAUCACUGAACGGUCGUUCUAACAAGAGUUCUGCGUUAGGUGGUUGCCGCUCAGAGAAAUCCGGAUCUCAGGCGGGACUCCCUUUACUUUCGCUCUUCAGCCCGUUGCACAUUCGCGCUGCCGCGCACGCCCUGUCUGGUCGUGGGCAGGAGGCCGCAGCAGACUUCGCGUUGUCGCGCUACCUCAUGAGGCUGCCCAGUCUGGAGGCCCACCUUUCCGUUCACCCGGGAAGUGUCGGCAACGAAGACGCGCGAAACGGCAAACCCGAGAACACCGGACACUGCACUACUGAGGCGGGGAUGUCGCAAACGCGAAAAACAGCUAAAGAAAGGUCGACUGGGUCUGGCGAAGAAGCAAAAGCGGCGGUGUUCCCAGGCGAAUCCUACAUACACGAAGCAGAGACCGUGACAGAGGAAAGAACCGCGAGUGAAGGAGUGCACCCAGAGAAAGAGUGUCUUGGAGGUGAAGCGGGUGCGGGGAAAAGUACUCAAACGAUGGGGAAGCGGCUGCUGAACCCGCGCGAACCGGCUGUGAGGUGGGACCGGACACCGGCAGAGAAAGCAAGACUAAAAAGCAGAAUGGAGAACCGAAGGCGCGUGAUCUUCAGCUUCUGAGAAAGAGGAGACCCUAGAAGGCUUGUGGUUCUCUUCCCAUCGAGAACAUGAUGACAUGUGUACGCCACGAAAAUGUGUCGACGUAGGAAAGAGGCGUUUUAGGGACAAAGUGUAGAUAUGCGGGCCUCUUCCCUGGGAACGUGCCGCUUGGCGCUUUGCAGGUCCGCGGAUGCACGCCGACGUGCAAGCACGCAGGUGUGCAAAAUCUGGACUUUAUCACCCGAAUGUGUAAAGUAAAAAGCAGCGCUCCAUACGGGGUGCUGGAUGGCCACUGCAGCUUGUUUAGCUAAGAACUCCGCGGACCACGCGAGGCAUCCGCCACUGUACAAAA